AUUCAGUUUCACUGAUGACUUCCUUCCUCCUACAGGUCAGAGCUGAGGGUGACCAGCUCCAGCUAGUCAACAUGGUGGACACGGAGAGCCCCAUCUGCCCCCUCUCUCCGCUCGAGGCUGAUGGCCUGGAAAGCCCGUUAUCUGAAGAAUUCCUACAAGAGAUGGGAAACAUUCAAGACAUAUCUCAGUCCAUCGGGGAGGACAGUUCUGGAAGCUUCAGUUUCACAGAAUACCAGUAUUUAGGAAGCGGUCCUGGGUCAGAUGGAUCCGUCAUCACAGACACCCUCUCUCCAGCUUCGAGUCCCUCUUCAGUUAGUUACCCUGUGGUUCCUGGCAGCGUGGAUGAGCCUCCCAGUGGCACACUGAACAUCGAGUGUAGGAUCUGUGGGGACAAGGCCUCGGGCUACCACUAUGGGGUCCACGCAUGUGAAGGCUGCAAGGGUUUCUUUCGGAGAACUAUCCGGCUAAAGCUGGUAUAUGACAAAUGUGACCGCAACUGCAAGAUCCAGAAAAAGAAUCGGAAUAAGUGCCAGUACUGUCGCUUCCACAAGUGCCUGUCCGUUGGGAUGUCACACAACGCAAUUCGUUUUGGACGAAUGCCAAGAUCUGAGAAAGCAAAAUUGAAAGCAGAAAUUCUUACCUGUGAACAUGAUGUAGAAGAUUCUGAAACUGCAGAUCUCAAGUCUCUUGCCAAGAGAAUUUACGAGGCCUACUUGAAGAACUUUCAAAUGAACAAGGUCAAAGCCCGAGUCAUCCUCGCGGGAAAGACGGGCCACAAUCCACCUUUUGUCAUCCAUGACAUGGAAACGUUGUGCAUGGCUGAAAAGACUCUUGUAGCCAAGAUGGUGGCCAAUGGCAUCCAGAACAAGGAGGCCGAGGUCCGCUUCUUCCACUGCUGCCAGUGCAUGUCGGUGGAGACCGUCACAGAGCUCACGGAGUUCGCCAAGGCCAUCCCAGGCUUUGCAAACUUGGACUUGAAUGACCAAGUCACUUUGCUCAAAUAUGGCGUUUAUGAGGCCAUAUUCACAAUGCUUUCCUCCAUGAUGAACAAAGAUGGGAUGCUGGUGGCAUAUGGCAAUGGCUUCAUAACACGGGAAUUCCUGAAAAAUCUGAGAAAACCUUUCUGUGACAUCAUGGAACCCAAGUUUGACUUCGCCAUGAAGUUCAAUGCACUGGAGCUGGACGACAGUGACAUCUCCCUUUUUGUGGCUGCUAUAAUUUGCUGUGGAGACCGUCCUGGCCUUCUCAACAUAGGACACAUUGAGAAAAUGCAGGAGGGCAUUGUGCACGUGCUCAAACUCCACCUGCAGAGCAACCAUCCGGACGACGCCUUUCUCUUCCCAAAGCUCCUUCAAAAAAUGGUGGACCUCCGGCAGCUGGUCACAGAACACGCACAGCUCGUGCAGACCAUCAAAAAGACAGAGUCGGAUGCAGCUCUGCACCCUUUGCUGCAGGAGAUCUACAGGGACAUGUACUGAUCUCUGUGAAUGCACGGCAACCACUUUUCAAGGAGAAAUGGGAGCAGCAUGGAUUUGCACAGAUUUCCAGCCUUUUAGUCUCAGACACUGGGAAGCCUGAGGGCUGGGUGACGGUAAUGCUCCUCUCCACGUCUUCCCCUUCUCCAGCAGUACAUCUAAGAAUGUGCCUAGUACUCAGGCGCUGGCGACAGGGUGAACAGUCCGCACUUGGAGAUUAAGGGGAGUGAUGGUACAGGGUCUGAUUUUCACCAGCCCAGUGUUAAUCGGUGCACAUAUCUUUAUAUCACAUUAGUAAUUUGCCAUUUGAUUAAUGAGUAACCUCAAAAUACCUGGUCUU